UCCCCUUAUUUGCUCGUUGUUGCCUGCUCUCGUUCAGGUAGUCGGUGGUUGUUUGCCCUUGGACCGCCGCUACGUUUCUGAACAAAAAUAAGGACUUGAAUGGAAGAAGUGAGUAUUUAAAGGCUCAAACGAACGUUCAAUCUAACAUUUACAACAAUCUAGACAACAUUUUUUAACGAAAAGUAGUCUAAUUUAAAGAAAAUUAUCUCGAUUCUUCUGACCUAAUUUGAAACGAACACGAGGUGAUCUGCCGGCCAGCUGAUCAAAUCCAAUAUGGAAGCCGACCAACAUCUUGCGAAUGAUUAUAUUACCGAUUUCGACUUAGAUCAGUUAUUGGAUGCUUCAGAAGUAAAGAAGGAGAUAGAAGAUAGGUAUAGCAACUGUUGUAAACAAAGUGAUAUGUCCUCGCGAAGUGGAUCUUCAGGAGCGACCACACCUUGCUCAGAUUUGAGUGUACCCCCUUCUCCAACUUACAGCGAUGAAGUUCCAAGUCCUUCAGAUAGUAAUUCUAGUGUAUUUAGCGGUCUUAACUGGCUUACCCAAAGUGUAUUUGAAACUGACAUGAAAUUAAAAACAAGCUUUAGCAACAGUCAAAAGUCGACGCAAAGUCUGGAGGAGGAAAUUGAAGAAGAUGUAGAUUGUUUGAUAUCAUCCAGUCCAGAAUUUGUUCAGAACUUUAGUAAAUAUUUGGUUUCUGGUGCAGAAGCUGGGAAGCAAUCAUUAAGUCGUCGGGACAUGCUGGAAGAUAAGGCAGCACCAACAAAAAUUCCCUCAAUUAAAAGAUCUCUUAGUCAUUCAAGUACAAGUUCUACUAAAUCCAAAACAGAAGAAAGUCUUAAUUCGCUUGAAGAUGAAGAACUAGUUGCACUACCGGUGAGAGAACUCAAUCGUCGUCUUCAAGGAUUACCUAAAGAAGAUGUAGUAAAACUUAAACAAAAAAGGCGAACAUUAAAAAAUCGAGGCUAUGCUCAAAAUUGCCGUUCGAAACGAAUGCAUCAGCGUCAAAGUUUAGAGGUGACUAAUAAAACAUUAGAAAGUCAAGUGCGUCAACUUCAAAGACAGCAAGCAGUUUUGAUGCGAGAGUGCCGGUUCUACAAGCAGCAGUGUGAAAUUCUCAGGGCAAAGUGCAGUGGUGUAAGUGUAAAACGCGACAGUGAUGGAUCUUUCUCAAGCUACCCAAGUUCUCCAGAUUGUCAGUAAAAUGUGUGAAUGUUGUUAUGUGUGAAAUGAAAAAAAGUAAUAUGCUAUCAUCAAUGAAACCUUGUCACUGCUUCAUAGAACAUUAUGAAUAAGAAUCGAGUAAAAUUAUCAUGACUAUGGAUGGAUUAUAGACAAAUACAAUUAAUAAGUGCAUUAUUUGUUAGGUGUAAAUAUCUUCAGAGUUUAUUUUAACACAGUAAAUAAUUUUCUUUCAUGUAUGUUAUGAAAAAAAGAAACAAAAAUUAGAAUAUAGCCUUUAUCACUUGUUUAACAUAGUUCAUAUUUAAUAUCAUGUUUGAAGUACUGGUCUUUUUGCCAUAUUUGCAUAAUUCAUUAUUUCCAUUCAUAAAUUGUAGUAGUGUAAAUUUCACUAGAUGUAGUGUAAGAUAAAUAGUAUAGGACAAAAGAAGUUUCAAACUAGUGGUCCUCAAUAGAUUGAUCAACAAAAUUCAAAUCAUUUUGAUUUUAAGAAAAUCAACUUUACCGUUUAAUACAUGUACAGAAUAACAUAAUCAUUGCAAUUAACAAAGAAAUAAUAAUAUCUAACUACAAAUAUUGCAUAUCAGUAAGAAUUUAACCACAAAUUCUCAAAAAAAAUAAAUCAUACUUGGAAAAUUGAAUAAUGUUGUUUAUGCGAAUGUGUAUAGCUUUUAAUGUUUGGUCCAUAUGGUGUCGUGUAUCAUAUGGCUCACACUAAUCAUGUUAUAUUUUUGCAAGUGUGUAAUUAUUGUUAUCAGUUUGUGUAUACUUGUUGAACUUGAUUAAUACAUUUGAGUGAUAUAUAUAAGUAAGUGAAUGUUAAAAUUUUAUUCAAUGCAAUGGAGAGUAGAAUAUCAAAUUUGAAUUUUUUAACCUAUAGCCUGUUUCAUAAAAAUUUGGUAAUUUAUGAACAUUACAGUGUAAUAAUGGUGUAUGUAAUGAAAUUUUAAGGAGGUCUUACUAAAUUGAGUUGUAUGAAACAGGCUAUAGGUUGUUUACAAUAAGGUAGAGAAAGGGAAAGUUUGGAUAUAUUAUGGGACACACUGCAAGGGCAACUAUAGUUAUAGUAAUAACCAGUGUGAUUACCAAUUCCAUCUGUGAUAUAUAUUGUUUUAUCAGGGACUGCAAGUCUGGUUUUCAAGGUGCCACCCUUUACAGCUGGUGACAUUGGAUUUAUUUUUUAAAACUAAAAGUUAUCUCUCCUAGAUACUGUAUUAUUAUUAAUGUGACGGUGAAAAAGGGUGGUAAAAGGUAUCAUGGUCUGUGUGUCUGUGAACUACGCACACAGUUAAUACUUGAAAUCCAGAUUUGUAGCCGAGACAAAUUUAAUUUGUAUGGGUUAACAUAUUUUUUAAAGUUAACAUGGGGAGAGAAUUUUACCGAGUUUGUAAGAAUGUUUUUAAGAUUCACCAGAACCUAUUAAGGAGCGAUUGGUAGAAUCUAAUGUUUUUAUAACGAAUUUGCCAGAGUAUUUGGACAAUUUUUAUAUAUAUGUUGUUUUGAAUUUGUAAGUGCAUGUACAUGUUUUACUCAAAGGGUUUGAUAUACGAACCCCCCAAAAAAAGAAUUGUUAAAAAAGAGCUACAACAACCAAUACAACAAAAAUUAAAAAAAAUAAUAAUUAAAAAAAAAUCCCUUACUGUUGCAACGAAGUAUAAAUCCUAGUGAUAGAGAGGCAUGAUACUUAAUAUGUUUCAGAUAAUAUAAUGUUUGUGUAACAGAUUUUUAAAGUUGCAGCAGAUUUAGGGUAAAAAAAAUAGUAAAAGAAAAGAAAAAAGAAAAAAAAGUUGUAAGCCAAGCUUUGCGAAGAUAACCAAGCAGGUUGCUUCCAAAGUAAAAUCUCGGAUUUGCCAGUGAAAAGGAUGACUCUUGAAUUUUUAAACCUAUGAAGUAGAUUGGCUUGCCUAUCUGCGUUGUUAUUGUAUUGUAAAGCAGUUAGGAAUAGGCUAAUCAGUAAAGAGAUAGAAAAAUAUUGUUUUAAAUCGCAUGCCUUAAUUUAACUUUACAAAUAAAAUAUUUAUGCCCUGUAGGUGUAUUAAUUACCCCAAAAUAAUUACUAUUCUACAGAACUACUCAUUAUAUAUAUGUAAGCCAAUAUACAAUCCAUUAACCGAGUUUUUAAUCUUCUUUUUAUGCAUCAAAAGAUGUGGCCGUGACUGUUGAAGUUUUAUUGAAUGAUCACACAUUGGAUAUAUUUUUAAUGUUUAUUGAUUAUGAUAUUAUUUUCCCUACAUAUUGAUCAAAGGCAGCACCACAUGGCUUUUAAUUUCAGUUAACAAAGGUGUAUUUGGAAAAAAAAAAAGGGGGGGUUGUUUUAGGCUCUCGUGCAUUUUUAGAGAGAUGAUAUGUCAUUUUAAUAUUUUUUAUCUUUCAUGUAUAUCCCAUGUCGCAUCCAACUACAUGCAGUGAAGACACAUUAGUGUUGGUUAUUUAAACAAAAAAAUAUUGUUAAUAGGGCUUUAAGUUACAUAAUGGCAUGUUUCAUAACUAAAAUUCGAUUGUAAUGUAGAUUUGCAUACAGUAUUAUAAAAAGUCCUUGUAAGGAAUAUGCUAGAACAGGCAUAUCAAAAUUUCUUUCAAAGUUAUAUUGACUAAAUAACUAUAUUUUGUUGAACCAUGUGUUGGUUCUCUGAUAUUGAUUUUUAUGUUUGUUUGUACAGUAUUUACUUGGGACAAAUCUAUUUAAAUUUCCUCUCUAAUUUCUAUUGACAUUUUUACUUCACUGAACAAGAUAAAUGAGAAACCUAUCUAUUUGAGAAGUACAAAAGUUGAAUUAUUAUAAGUAAAGUAACUUUAACACCUAAAUAAUGACCUACAUGUACAAAUGGGGAAUUCAAAUAUAUGUUUUGUUAUUUUUCUGUAUGAACAAUCCUUUUGCUAAACAUGAUAAAGGAAAUAUUUUUCAAUUGAUUUUGAUGUGCAUUUUUAAUGUGUUCAUUGGGGUAUAUAACUGAAAUAUAGAUGAAGGAAGUCUAUGAAAAUGGAAGCUUUAUAACUUUUAAAACUUGCAAAUCAUUUCUUUAAUGUUUUAAGUCCUGAUAAUUGUUUUAAAUUGAGGUUUUAAAUUCCUCAGGAAAACUAGUGUGCCAAAUAAAGCUAAUUUGGAAGUUCAAAUUACUGACCCAGGGGCCCAGAAGUUCAACUUUUAUAAUAAAAUAUUGUCUUAGUUGAACUGGCGUGUUCAUUAUAACAAUUUACAGUCUUUCAUAUUGAGUCUAAUAGAACUGUAUUCUGAUCAAUCUUGUAUUGUUAAUUGUUACAAUUUGUUGAUUGUUUUGUUUCUGAAAUCUUGUUAUUGGUUAUUGUAAAAAAAAUAUACUUAUUAUUAAACUUGGAAAAUACUAAAUAUUUUUACCAAGUGUGUGCAGGGGAAAUGUGAUAAAAAAAAAUUGAAUUAACUGCUCCCUUCAUCUGGAAAUACAAAUAUUUAUAGAGAUGUUGGCCCAAUCAUAUGGAUUGAAUCAGAAUUUAUGCAAAAUUUUGAAACUGAAGUUAAAUUAUUUCAUGAUAUCCACUUUUUUCAGCAUUUUAAAGAAGUCGGUCAUUAAUUUGUAGUUAUAAAACUGAUUCAAGAGUCACAUUUCCGGCUGCAGAUCUAUUUAGUUUUUUCUAUGACAACUUGCAGCUGAGUCUUAUGUCUAAAAUGUUGUGAAAUUAACAUGCAAGUUCAAGAAAUGUGCUGAAAAAAACUUUCAUACUGGCAAAACAAGUAUUACAAAAUUAUUAUUUAUGUUGCAUUUGUGACUGAUUAAACCUUUUUUACGGUCGACUGAAGGCAUUUAAUCAAGUACAUCAGGUUUGUGUGGUUAAAACUCAGCUGCAGAUUGCCUGUUAAGAAUUGGCAAUUGGCUAUAAUGAGAUUUGUAUUGUAUAAUUAAAAACAGUUGACUUUAAUGUGAUAAGGAAAAGUGCUGGUUGUUUGUUACUAUCUGCUUUACAAAUACAUGUAAAAUGUAUAAAUUAUGAAGCAAGAUUAAAAAGCAUGAAAAAAACUAAA